AGCUGAAGAUGGUAAACAACCCAUCUCAUGAAGAACUGGCUACUAUCUUAAGUCAAACACUAUCAAAUGAUAAUCAACUCAGGUCAAAUGCUGAAUCAAGACUCGGUGCCUUACCUCAAGAAGUCCCUACAUUUGGAAUCAUCUUAGCUGAACUCAUCACCAACGAAUCUUAUGACAUUGCGCUUCGUCAAGCGGCCAGUACAAAUUUGCGAAGAUAUGUCCUACACCAUUGGAGUCCGUUCUUUGCGUCGUUUGUUGGUUUUGCUCCGUCAGUUGAAAUAAAAUGUCGAAUUCGCGAAAUAAUGUCACAAACUUUGGGAUGUGCUACUAGAAAGUUACGCUCCACUUGCGCCCUUGUCAUCUCCGAAAUCGCGCAUUGUGAUUGGCCAGAAGAAUGGCCAGAACUCGUUCCAAUGCUCAUCGCGACCAUCAACAAUCCCGAUAAAUCAGACGCCACGAGAUACUUCAAGGAUGGCGCUUUACGUGUCUUAUGCGAGUUGGUUAGGAACGAUUUAACCGAGCAACAACUCAUUCCGAUCGCAAAGGACCUCUUACCAUGCCUGUUUUCGGUGAUCUCAGCUCCACAUGACGAUUCAAUCUCAGAUGCUGCUAUGAAAAUCAGAAGUAUAUCAAUUUUCCGACAAUGUCUGAUCACAUUGACUUUGGUGAAAUCGUCCUAUCCAGACUUAACAUCGUCUAUCACUAUGGAACUACUACCCAAUUGGUUACACCUCUUCAAACUUCUCUUGACCACUGAUGCUCAAGCGCUUCAAGCCAUGGUCGAUCGUAAUGAACUUCAUUUGGUCCAAAAUCUAGUGGGAAUCAAGUGCGAAGUGAUGAGAACUUUGGAUGUAAUCCUAAAUGGCUUCUAUAACUCAUUUCGACAAGCCGAAUUACUCAGGAAUGACUCUCUGAGUGUUUUUGUGGAAUUAGGUUUCUCAACUCUCAACUUAUUUUUUCCAAUCUAUCAGAAAGCUGUUCUUGCCCUUGAGGAAUCACCAGCCUGGAUGCUCGCUGAUGGUGGUAGUACCGAACAACAAGAAGACCCAAUCUUUCAAUCUAAUACCAUUCUUCGUUUACCAGCAACAGUCAUCAAUUUUCUUAAAAACGUACUUUCCAAGCCGAUUUCGAAAAAGCUAUUUCUUAAUUCAAACUCGCCUACCUCACCUGAUAAUUUGUCACCCACUCCUGCUCUUGAGAUCCUUGUUGGAUUCAUCUUUCAAUACGGUCAAAUCACUCGAGAUGAGGAGGAAGGUUGGAAGGCUGAUGAGAAUACAUUUGUGAUCGAGUAUCUUGAUGAGGACGAAGACAAUGCUGUCCAGCUUGGUGGAACUAAUAGACAGGCAGUUGUUGACUUAUUGGAGACCUUGAUCGAUGUUCUCGGCCAACCUACUGUUACGGCUGUCAUGAAACAUCUUCCUGAAAUGACAAACCAAGCUUCACAAAUGAAGUCACAAGGGAUUUCGCAUUGGUGGAAGUUGAUAGAGUCGGCUCUCACGGUCAUUGGAAACCUGUCUGGGGAGUUUCAAGGCGAAGGGAGUGUUCAUUAUAACAUCAACGAGUUUGUUGAACGAGAAGUUUUAAAUCUUUUGACUGGGGGUAGCCAACCUUUGCUACAAGGUCGAGGCUUUGUCUUCAUCAGUCAAUUCACUAAACAUCUUACCCAGGAUAAGUUGCAACAAGUCAUGUUAUAUUGCUCUAACCUGUUUGCCUCGGGUGAUGCAUCCAACAAUGCCGAUUCUGAUUCCGGAUGCACGAUUACCACAUUAUGUUUGAUCAAAGCUUUAAGAAACUUUGCUCGUUACUCUCCAUCCCUUCUCAAGCCCUACAGCUAUGCAAUCCUCGACAAACUUCUCCGAAUUCUACCCGAUGCUGUUGAUGCAAUCUCCAUCACGGUCAUUGAAACUAUCCAUCGGGUCUGUGAACCUGUGUUGGACGAGCUAGAAGCCGAAGCGCUUUAUAAACUCGCAGAUUGUGUCCUGCAGCAUCUUUCCCGAAAUGUUUCUGAUCAUCUUUUGGUCGAUGCUGUGACGGAUUUAUUUACGAUGUUAUCCACGUCUUCCUCACCGCUUGUAAUGCAAGCCUUAACACAGCGUGUUUUACCUCAACUAGGGAAAGCUCUCACCAUCACUGAAGUUGAAUCUCCAAAGGAUCACUUUGUCAUCAAAGCUUCAUCUGUUGCUGUGAUCGACGGGGUAUUCAAAGGCAAACUGAUGCCACUAAGCCCCGGGAUGUUUGAAGCGGUAGCACCCGGGUUAUUUGUAACACUGGCUUCCUCCGAAGAUCCAGACCUGAUUCAGGACUGUUUAAACAUUCUCACCUCGGUCGUUCGAAAAGGAACUGAUCAACUGAUUAACUGGAAGAGUCAUAUUGAUCAAAAAAGCGGUAUAGAUCAUCUCGUCAGUUCUUUAGCUCACGUUCUAGACCCACAACGAGCAGAAUCAGCAGGGCUCUUCGUGGGCGAUUUGAUCUUACAUCUCCUGCGAAAGUCGAUGGACUCGAUUGUUGGUGUACUACCUGAUCUGUUGAAAACACUGGCUAGCCGACUAGCCACUGCUCGUACAGCAACUUUUAGUCAGAGCAUGAUUUUACCCUUUGCCUAUCUUUUACAUCAACAUGCCGAUACGGUACUCGACUUGUUAGAAUCAUUCCAUGUCACUGGUAUCAACGGCCAACAGCAAUUGGCACUCCAACUUGUCUUAUCGACCUGGUGUGAAAAUGCAGACACAUUCCAGGGAUACUGGAAUAUUCGAGUCAGUUUGGAACAGAUUACAGUCAAAGGUGAUUUAAUCAUAACUGAUAAAAAUGUCCAUACCAUCAUGACGCGGGCAAGAGCCAAGGCUAAUCCCGAUCAAUUUCAAGCCAUCCCACUUCGAGCCAAAAUCUUGAAGAUUCUUGUUGGUGAACUCCAAAGUCAGUUGAGCGAGCAAGCUAAGAUUGGAAUAGGAAACGACGAACUAGAAGGAUUAGAUGAUGAUGAUGAAGACGAGGAUUGGGAAGACGAUGUCGUUGAUCUCUCGUCUAAAAGCAAACGAGAAAUCUUACAACUCUCUGAUAUGCUGGGACCGUCCGCUAGUUAUAUCUUAACAGAUGAUGAUGAUAAUGAUAAGGAUGUUGAAGACGAAGCUGACUUGAAAGAAGAUCCAUUUUAUAAUCUAGACUUACUCAAGCAUCUUCAAGACUUCAUUCAACAUAUUUGUCAACAAGAUGUUGAAGGUUUUAAACAACUCUCAAGUCAAUGGCUCAGUGCUCAAGAACUCUUGGUUGUUCAGACAAUCUUAUGAUGAGAAGUGUGAUGCAGCUUAUUGUUUAUAUGAAUCGGGAUUGUCCCACUUAUCUUUACUUGUCACUCACGAUCAGCAUUCUUUCGGAGCAAUUCCCUUCUUAGUUCCUUUCAACUCUCCAUUGUUGACCACUCGCAUCUUUAAUUCUUCUCAAAAUUAGGGUACUUGCGUGCAGUCUAAACAGCACUCUGUGCAGGCUUUAGAUUCUUCAAGAUACUUGUUUUCUUCUUGUAUCUAUCUGAGUCUCACCCAUCUCUUCAAGCAUGGUAAUAAUGAUAGAAUUUAUAAAUUUCUUUC